UCUUUCAUCUGUCAUCCAGAAUUCCAGAUCCUGCUUGUCUUGAAGACACGGCACGGCAUCGAUUCCAUAAAAUAGUAGAAAUUAACGCCUACGCUUUUUUGUUUUGUGGAAUUAGACGCCAAUUAUAAUAUUUUUUUAACUAAUUCGUCGGUUUCCUGAAAAAAAAUGGAAACUGAUAUCUUGGACAGUCUCAAUGAUUUAGGUUAUGAAGGCCCGCUCAAAGAUGAAGUAGCUUUACUCAAAGCCCUAGAUGGAGGCGCCAAGUCUCUGGAGUUCACAAAGCUAGUCCACAUCUUAGCUUCGGAACUAAAAAGGCUUUGUAACAUGGAAGAGACGAUAAAUAUAAUGAAUGAUCCGGAAGAAAGUGUCGCUUUUCUAUUGGAGUUGAGUUCAUUUUUGAAGGAACUGGGAUGUCCGUACAAGAAGUUGGUUAUAGGUCACAUGUCAUCUCGAUUGCAAACUAAGGAGGAUCGCAUACUUUUACUGGAUUAUCUGAUAUCGGAGCUUAUGGCUGCCCGGAUGGUCAACAUUGACAGGCCGAAGGAUAAGCAGGGAUCGGCCAUGGAAAUUGUUAUGCAAGAGUCGCCCACUGCGAAAGAUCUGAAGGAAAUUCUCAUUUCGCUGAAAUUUAACAAACCUCCGCCUAAUAUCACACCUCAAAUGUUGUUCACGAAGUUGGAAGCUAAACUAAAGGACACACUGCAGAAAGAAGGCGAUCAAUUAGUAGGCAAGCCGUUAUACAACAAAGCGUUGACGGAUAAAGAUUGGAAGCAACUAGAAACUAAUUUCACUGAGAUGUUUGAAGAGUAUAGACUUAGAAGGGAAACCUUGAUCACUAGACUGGAAUGUACUAUACAGAGUUUUGAGUGGUCAGACCGCCUUAAAACGAAGAAGGACGUCAUCCAAUCAACGUAUAGGCCCAAACGGGAACAGUUGAAAGUCAAGCCCAAUGUGAAAUUGUCAGACUUUUUAGCGGCACGCACUUCUCUGUUGCAAGUUGAGAAGACUUCCAGCGCGGCCGUUAGGAAGAAUACUCAGAGUCAAGUGAACAAAGUUAUCAUUGGAACGGUGCCCGACAGAGGCGGUAGACCUAACGAGCAACAGCCCCCACCACCGGAAAUGCCUUCGUGGCAACAGCAGAGGGCGCCAGCGGGGGGUGGGCGAGGUGGCCGCGGAGGCGGGGCACCGCGCGGGGGCGAGCGCGGGCGCGGGGGCAGGGUGCAGGGGGGGUACAGCCACAGUGGGGGGGACCAGGCUAGGCCCCAAACAAGCCCAGCGGCCUAUAACCAGAAUCGCAACUACCAAACCUACGAAGUCCCGCCGGGCGGUUACCAUAAUAACCAUGGUUACGAACGCAACGGCGGUUACCAAGGGGGCGGUUACAAACAGGGCGGCUAUGACAGCAUGGGCGGUUAUAACCAGCAAGGUUACAGUACCCAAAAUCAAGGCAACAGCGGCGGUUACAACAAGAACUACCAGUCGCAAGGCUACCAGGGCCAAGGCUAUCAGAACCAAGGCUACCAGAACCAGAACCAAGGCUACGGCUAUCAGAACGAGCACGACGACCGCGAUCGUAGAGGCCGAGGCGGGUAUAGAGGCAGACGUUGAUAGUCAAUAGACUAGUGUUGCCGAAAUAUCGAUAAUCGAUAAUGUCGAUUAUCGAUACUAUCGAUUAUAUACUCCAUUUGUUUAGGUGCUUAGAGUACUUUCAUUUAUAAGUCGCCUCGGAAGUAUUAAUUGCACGAAACGAAUGAAAGCAAUUGAUGACCUUAUUACAAGUACAUUAAAGUUAAAAUCCAAAAAAAAAACAAAUUUCUCCUGCUAUGACGCUCGUGAUAGCGGCAAUUCAGUUCGCUGGUUCAAAUGGCCCGCUCCGAUCGGAAACAUUUUCAAUAGAGAAUUAACAAGAUUUUUUAGCUUUAUGCCUACCUAAACAUCUGGAGUAUACGUUAUUGCGCGACGCAAUACUAUCGAUAGUAUUGUUUUCUCUCAAAUUAUCGUAAGUCUAUCGAUAGUUGACUGUCAAGCGGCAACACUACAAUAGUUUAUACACUCGGAAUGUCCAAUACGCAAAAUGAUAUGUUAAAACAAUAAGCGAAAUGUCAUUAGAGUAUUUAUAGUUCAAAUCGAUGUGAAACUUGAUAAGACUUUAAAUGAUCGCAGAAUUGUGCUUAUCUUAUUGAAAAUUGAUAGACUGUUUCGCCAAAAAUAAUAUAUAAUCUGUAUAGUAUAGCUCUGAUUCCAUUGUGAGAAAAUAGGGAUCUAUUUUUAAAGUAAAUGACUUGUUGAAAACCGCAAUAUAUUUAUUGUAUACCGAUCGAUUUGUUAACUCGUCUCGUUAAAAAAAAUAGAUCCUUAUGUCCGUGAUAUUUAGGUACUUACGAUAUGACUUAGUGAUUACAUAAAUAAGUCAAAAAUACAGUCAGUCAGUCGGAAAUAGGUUAAAUUUGACAUAGAUAUGCUUCCAUUGUUAGCCUGACGUGAUCUAUACUUAUAAUAAAUCUGUAGAGAGGUCAAUUCUGUACAUGGAAUAUUUUUUCAAAAUAACUAUCAGGGGGUGAUUAGUGAUCGAUACUGAUGCCAAAAAUGCAAUCAGUAAAAUUUUUGUCUGUCUGUCUGUCUGUCUGUCUGUCUGUAUGUUCUUUAUAGAAACAAAAACUACUUGACAGAUUUUAACGAAACUUGGUACAGUUAUACUUCAUACUCCUGAGCAGGUUAUAGUAUACUUUUCAUUACGCUACAAUCAAAAGGAUCAGAGCAGUGAAAGGAAAUGUUGGGAAAACGGGAGAAGUUACUUGAUUUUAUAAGCUUCCGUCGCGUGUGCAGCCUUAAUGGUUAAAGAUACAGCAUAACCAUGUACAACGGAAAUAUUCUACAUAAAAUUAUUAAAAAAAUAUCCCAAGACAGCAUAAGUCAAUCUUUUAUGGUUGACUCACAAUAACACGUGUAAUUCCUAAUAGCUUAGCAGUUCGGAGAUUUCUGAUUAUAUUUCUUUACUCUGAUGUUUAUAAUACCAAUAACACUCACACUCAUUCGUAAUUCUUAUAAAUUAAUAUUACUUUUCAAUAAAAAAAGAAUCAUCGAAAUCGGUAUAGAAACACCAAACUUACACGUGAAAUAAAAUACCGUAACAAGCCAUCGCGCGUAACUACUGAAUCAUAAUAUAAGGAUUAUUUUUGCGUAACGGUUGCCGCCCUCGACGCGGCUAGCGGCGGCAGGGUAUAAAAGGGGCAGGAGCCGAGCGCAAGCUUCAUGACCAAGGCAGCCAGGGGGAGACUUCACGCAGUUCUCUCCUCCAGCCUCGCCCUGAGGACGAAGCUCAGGAUCUACCAAACGUACGUCAGAUCCCGCAUUCUGCUCUGAAACCAACAGGAGAAGACUCAGAGCCCAAGAGAGCCAAAGUCUCAGAGCAGUCGUCGCUACGUGAGGAACUCGACGAUUCUCAGGGACCUGAAGUGGGAGAACCUAGAUAUUCGAGAGGGCGGACGCGUCAUCACACAGCCACCUGCGCGGCAUCGCGCCGCUCCACGCCCGCCCUCCGGGUCGUCGGGUGAAACCCUCCCCUCGCUGCCUUGCGGCAGACGUCGUCGACCAGUGACGACGCCGCCGCCGAUGGGAACUCCCAGUGUAUGAAGACGUGAAGACCCAGGCCGUCACGGCCGCCCCAUCGACCUGCCUACAGUCGUAGGCAGCGAUGAUGUCAUUAAAGAGGGCCAAAAGCCCUCACCAAUCUACUCCGACUCCCUAAGGGAGUAAGGGAAGACCCGACGACGGCAAGAUAGUAUUGCACAGGCGUUUCAACUUUAUUUUCAUUUAUUUUUCUUUUGUAAGUUGUAGGUACAUAUUUCUGGUUAUAAUUCUACUAGAAUAUUUUUUUUUAGUUUAAAUAGGCACUUAGAUUUAUCUAUACUAAUAUUAUAAAACUGAAGAGUUUGUUUGAAUGUGCUAAUCUUAAGAACUACUGGUUCGAUUUGAAAGAUUAUUUUUGUGUUGAAUAGACCAUUUAUCGAGGAAGGCUUUAGGCUAUAUAACGUCUAGCUGCAACUAUUAGGAGCGAAGAAAUAAUGGAAAAUGUGAAAAAAAUCGGGGAAGGAGCAUCCUUGAGGGCUUCAAUGAUGCCCAAAAUAACUAUUCCACGCGGACGAAGUCGCAGGCACAGCUAGUAGUAUAAUAAAAAUGUGUUAAUAAUAGUAAGCUUAAAGUCUGGGGGACUAUUUUUGAACUGAGCGACUUGGUCAAAACCAGUGAGAUGAGUCGAUUCUUCAAUUGGCUUAAAAGUUUUCAACUAAUGACGAUUAUACUUCAAGCAUUGUUUUGAUAAUAGCACUCCAGACUUUAUAAAGUAAGAAAAUAUCGAAAAUGAUCUGUGACAUUUAAGUGAAAAUAGAAACAGGUGAUAUGUAGUUACGAGUAUAUCUGCCUUAAUUAGCAAUAAACAAUAUUGCAAGCAAUACAAGACAUAUAUAGUAAGAUUACAUAUGGUACUUUAUUGUUAUGUAUCAGAAUAUACCUUGUUGAAUUUUAGCCCGUAUAAAUUUUGCUUUUUGGACAUUCUGAGUAUUUUUUUUUGUCUAUUGUUAUUCUCUUAGAAUAAAGCGAGCGCAGGUUGCUAAGAAUAACAAAAUUAAAUCACAUUUAUAUUUAAAUUCAUUAAAAUUCGAUACCGCUGUUGUAUUCAAAAAUUCAUAUAUUUAUAUACAUAUAUCCACGGAUGUUUAGUCAAUAAAUUGUAUUAAGUAACUAAGCUAUGAUUUUGGAUUUUAAAUUUUGAAGGUGAACAGUGGAGUCACUAGUUUCAAGAUAUUAUUCUUUUUGUUUUGAUUUUUUUGAGAAACCGAAAAAUAUUUGAGAUUGGUAUCGACAGUGUUGCAGAAAAAAAGAAAAAACAAACUUAAAUGAACUCCAAAAUAAUAUCAAUAUUUCGUUUAGAAACUGGUUGCUAAUUGCUUAUUGCGUUUAUAAUCUCAAUAGCUUUGAGUGUAGGUAUAAAUAAACAAAAUGUUUCAUUAUUUUUACAAAUUUGUAUGUUUGUCUUAUUUAAAUAAAACUUUGAUUGAAACAUGAGUGAUCUUUGAUAGCUGUAAAAAAUAUGUUGAUUUUUUUACUCAUUUCAAGUGAAGUGCGAAAAACAAAUCUUUUGUCGAUCUCUUUAUUAUGAUAUGGUAUUUGAUAUUAAAUAAUUACUUUUCGUGCAAAAUUGUCUAGCUAAUUUUAUGUGACAUUGUAAGGUCUAUUUCAUUAUUCGGUGACUAUGUAAAAACCGACCGAGUUAGGAAAUCUUAAAAGAUAAUCGCCAUUUUUGGUGUACAAAUAGACCUUUAGUGACUUGCGUUUUUUUUUUUUAAAUUAUGCUUAUCCUUAGAGCCAGUAAUUUUUUUUAUUAAUUGUUGAAAUGUUUCUAGAAUUAAACAGAAAAGCACGUAAAUCGAUAGGACACGGAAGUGAUUUUACAUUGUAAGUGGCUAACCAGAAUCUACCGUUUAAUAUAUUUUUAAUCCACU